AUGUCGUCCCACGCGCUCUCGGACGACCAGGUCGCCUCCGAGCUGAAGAAGAUGACCGCCUUCAUCAGACAAGAAGCGCUAGAGAAAGCCCGCGAGAUUCACCUCAAGGCAGACGAAGAAUUUGCAAUUGAGAAGUCUAGACUAGUACGCGAGGAGAUCGCUGCCAUUGACAAUGAGUACGAGAAGAAGUUCAAACAGGCUUCCAUGUCUCAGCAGAUUACACGCUCCACCAUGGCCAACAAGACCCGGAUAAAGGUGCUCAGUGCCCGGCAGGAGUUACUGGACAAGUUGUUUGAGCAGACCAGAGGAAAACUGGCUGCUGCGGGAGCCAAAAAUAAGAACUACGAGGAGAUUCUAAAAGGACUGAUCCUUGAGGGCAUGUACCUCCUUUGUGAGAAGAAGGUCGCCAUACGGUGCCGAAAGGCGGAUAAGGAGAAGGUUCAAAGUGCAGCGAAGAAAGCGUCUGCCGAAUACAAGGAAAAGAUGGGCAGCGAUGCGGAAGCUGUGGUAAACGAGGACGACUGGCUACCAGACGAAUCAUCGGGCGGAGUUUUUGUUGUUGGUGGUGGCGGCAAGAUCGAGUUGAACAACACCUUCGAAGAAAGACUACGGUUGUGUGAGACUGAAGCUCUUCCCAGCAUCAGAGCCACCCUGUUUGGGGAGAACAAGAACAGGAAGUUCCAUGAUUAA